AUUCAAACACGAGCGCAAGGGUUCAUAGACGAUUAUGCGAUGUAACAUUGCUCGCCGAGAAUGCUCAAAGUUGCAACUGUUCUAUUUUGCUUGCUGGCCAUCGGCUAUAUAAAACGAAAGGAUUCCCCACGUGUUUUUUAAAUCCUUUACCCGAGUCUUUGUGUUCACCACGUGGAGUCUGCGGUGUCGCACAAUGUUCUGCGACUACAAUUAGAGGAAUACACACGCCCCAAUGCGCUUCGAAUUGCCAUCAGAGACAGCCAGUAAUUUUAUUACGUGUCGAAUACGCUUGUAGAAUUUUGCCAGUGCCGUUUAAGAAAUAGAUCAAUUUUAAGCGAGGCUUCCGAGUGUAAGCUACUGACAUUACAAUCCCGUAAAAUUGAAAUUCGUUGAAAUUUCAGUUCUGCGAAGAAAUUGGUCCUUGGACAUCAAUUCCAGCGGAAAUUGAUUCUUUAUGGUCACGAUGGUCGUCCCCAAAAUGUAAUACUACUUGCGGCAGAGGAUUCAUGGUAGCCGUUGCCUCGUGCCAAGAUCAAAGAGAAACCAGCCACAGACUGUAUCGGGCCAGGAUCAUUUUGGUGAGCCAGAACAUCUCUGGUGAGCUUCCCUCGAAUUCCCGGUCUAUGACGAAAGGUGUGAACUUUUCCAGCUGCCCCGACGGCUUCGGUAAAUGUUACUGCGAGGUAAACUCCGUCGAUGGAGUUCUGAGAGCGGUCAGGUUCACGGAACCUUGCAUUUCUACCGAAGGGUGUAUCCUAAGCAACGCUGAAACAUUCACUUUCGAAGGAGAGCCCGAUUCCAGCAACAGCGUGGACUCCAGCGACGCUUACCAGGACGACGAUCAUGAAUGGUUCGAAGAGUACAUGGAAUCUGCUCGAGCGUCGCGACGUCGCCUCCUGCAGGCUCGCGUAAACGACGACCAGUACGGUUCGCGCGAAAAUAGACUGUCGAGUAAGAGGUUCAAGAACAGCAGGGGAUAUCGUUCCGUGGAUCGGGUGCGUGGUCGAUUGGACGACGACGCCGAUUACGACGACCAAGACGAGGAGGACGAAGAGGGGGACAUAGAGGAGAGCGGCGUCGGGGAGGAAACCGGUGACAAAGCCGAGGAUGACGAGGAAGAGGACGACGAGGAGACGAUCGGCCUCAGAGGCACCGCGAAGGGUCGUUGGAGCCCCAAGAAACGGGCUCGAGAGACGCGGGCCGAUUACGCGGCGAUUACGUUCGAGGGUAAGCAGGAGGUCGAUGAACCCGAGAGGAACAAGGCUGUAAAGAUCGGAUCCGUUAUGGACGACUGUGACGAGGAUUCCACAGAACCGCUGCAGUAUUACGAUUACGAAUCCAGGGGAAAUCCAAUAUCUGAAGUGCGAAUCAUGUUUGCUAUGAAAUUGGCAACGCUGAAUACUUUGUUCUACUUCCUCGGUAUUUGACGAACAAACGCAACGAAGAUCAAAGAUAACUGUACACCUGGCAUUGAAAGAGACAUAAUGAUUCUGGUGGAACAGUUUUACUGCAGUAGAAACUGAGUUAAUUCAAUAAAAUACUGCUACAAAUUUAAAUUUGAUGAGACGACAUGUAUACAAUAUUCAAACACAUUCGAAUUUAUAAUAAACAUAGUUCCUCCGUUCUGUAUAUUCAUUCUUAAUGUAUUUUACUACUUUUUAUGUUAACCCAAUAAGUGUGAAUAAAAAUUUUAAUUUAUUUGCAUAUAUUGAGAUCUUUACAAGGAUAAUCUCUAUAAUAUUCCAACUUCUACAUUACAUCUUCUUCAAGGAAAUACAUAUAAUAGAAUACCGCAAUGGUCACUUCAAAGUUAAGGAAAAUAGUACAAACGUAAUACUGAAGUGCAAUGCAUGAAGUAUACUGAAGAAAACUUACAGUUCAAGGUCUACAACCUUCAAACGACCUUCUUCGAUUUACCCAACUCUUUCAGUUGCAAAGAUAAUUAACUCGAGUGAUGAAUGCGUACAAAAAUAUACAAAAAUUAAUUUCACUUUUUUAAUUCUAUUUUUCUAUUGAUUAAAAAAAUUAUCACCGUUCCUAUGUACGUAUGACUGUUUCAUGCAUAUGCAUGUCACGACUAACACAUAUAUUACGCCAUGAUUGUAGUAUACAACAGGAUAAAAACAGGGGCAUAAACGCUCCACUGCCUCUCAUUUCUCAAGAUGCAGAAUCAUCCGCCACGAAUAUCGAGGAUAUCGCGCAACAUUGAGAAAAAAAAAUUAUAUAGGCGUUCCUCACAAGGUGCUGCGAUAAUUAAUUACACCCAACCUCCUGCUUGGUAGCGUGCACCGUUAUUGGCGUUCUUACGUUAGGAAUUCAUUUACACGUUUUCCGCUCUGGCUCUAUAAAAGAAGCUGUGAGAAACAGUUACUUCGAGAAUGACUGCGUCGUGUAUACGUAAUUCGUUUUGAUAUACGAUACUUUCACGUUUACAGAUAAUUAUUAUGGAUUAGAUGGGCCAUCGACAACAAACGAUUUUCCACGCGUGGGCGUUCGCAUUGUAUACGAUAUUUUGCGUGAUAACUAUGCUUUCUUUAGAAAUUAGUUCCAUCAUUGUUCUAUGUAUAAUAGAAUAUUAAGUUUCAGAUAAUGUUGUACUUGUCUUGGAACACAAUUCGUAUUCAUUCAUCUAUUAAUAAUGGUGGAAUUGCUUUUUAUGUUCUGAUUAUAUAAAAUUAUCAGACAUCUUAAUUUUUUUAAUUUAAAUGUAUCACAUGUUUCGAACACACGUGUAUUUUUAAUGAUUCAAUUUACUCUUUAUUGAGUUUGAUGAAAUACAGAGGAUCAACAAUUAUUCGAAUAAUUAUUUAGCGGAAAAAUUAUAUUAAAUAUCGAUGUCGACCAAACAAUGUGUUUAAUUUUUAUACUUAAUUGCCAGUAUGUACUGCGUAACAACCAGGGACAUGUUGGGCUGUGAAAUAAUAUUUAGUAAAUAAAAUCGGUAAAUGAAAUGAUUUAUCAAAACAUUCGCCAUACAAGACGCCAUAUUGUCUUGGAGUUAUACCCUGUCGGUAAAACAGAUUCUCGGUGGUGGCGGACUACAUUAUGUACGACUUUUAUAUUGUUAUGACUAUUUUUGAAAACUGCCAUAUUUUGAAUUAAUAGAGUUGAUCUGGGCCUAUUUUCUCGGGGAGGGGGGGGGGGAGGGGGCGCCCUAGAGUACAAAUUCAACUUUUGAAUUGCCUGACAAAUACGGUAAAAAGGUUCACCUUUAACUGCUCAUAACUUCUGAGCCAGUAGAUUCCUCGCCUGAAAACUAGCAUUUUUGGAUUCCACUCGCCGAACUCUACAAGCUUAUGUAAAAAAAAAACUUGAAAAUUUUAGGUCCGCCAAAGUAAAGUUUAACCCCCUCGAGCAUUAUACAUACAUGUACGCUACCAGAAAUGGCUAACUUUCUCAUCUAAAUACUAAUAUCGAACAAAAAAAUGAAAGGUGAACACCUUGUAAUCCGUAAUUCGUGCAAUAGAAAUUUCUACUCUGAAUUAUAAAAUGAAAUUGUAUUUCAGGAUGAACGAAUAAAACUUCUGAACACCUACUCGAUCACAGAAACGUUACGGAUAAUAAAUCCCAAUAAGGCGUCUUUACUCGUCAUCCAUUCUACGGAUAAAAUGUUACCCACUCCGCACAUACGACGUGAAAAAACUUCCGAGGAUGCAAAGCACGUGCUCGAGAGAGGUUAUAUCGUUGUGCAUCUUAUGACACAUUUGACUGACAUCCGAGGAGCAGCCAUCGAGUACAGUUGCGUCUACACGUACACGUGCUCGAAACACUUUUGCCUUCUGUCUAACAAUAAGUGAGCAUAUAUAGCUAGAAACCACGAGCAAUGCAAUUCGCGCCUUUCGCAACGAUUUACGACUCGAGUCGUUCGUUGCAUAGCCAAAGACUGAGAGUACGUACGAUGGACGAUUGAUCGUGGUGCCGCAAGUAACGCGAUAUCCCGCAAGGAAUGCUCGAACGAUACCUUUAAA